GCGGGAAGAUGGCGGACGGUGCGGAACUGAAGGCUGGGGAGGGGGUGGCAGUGUAAGGGAAAAGCAGAAUCAACAACCCACAGCAGGGAUUGGGUGGUACAGUGAUCUGACAUGCAAUCCUCUUGUACCUGUCUUCAAAUCUACACUGGACUGACUGUCACUUUUUCCUCCUAGUUAGUUGAGGACAACCAGGCACCUGCAAUGCUGCUCUUGAAGCAGUCGCUAGGAGGGGCACAGAAAAGGCUGGGGGAUGUCAGAUUUCAUCCUUCUGUGUGGAGCAAAUGGUUAUGAGCCUAAGAGUGUCGGAGCUCCAAGUGUUAUUGGGCUAUGCUGGACGGAACAAACACGGACGUAAACACGAACUUCUGACAAAGGCACUGCAUUUGUUGAAAGCUGGCUGCAGUCCAGCUGUUCAGAUGAAAAUUAAAGAACUCUAUAGGCGGAGAUUCCCACAGAAGAUUGUGACCCCCACCGACCUGACUCUCCCUUCUGUCCACACAACGUCAGCUUCCAUGACUACACCACUGUCACCAUCUGCUAUCCCACAGCUCUCCUAUGACAGUCAUGCAACCACAUCGCCCCUGCUUGCUGUUUCUCUGAUGGGACCUAAACAUGAACUGGACCUGCCACACCUGACGUCAUCUCUUCAUCCUGUACAUCCAGAUGUCAAACUCCAGAAACUGCCCUUUUAUGACAUUCUCGAUGAACUGAUCAAGCCAACUAGUCUAGCUUCAGAUAAUAACCAGCGGUUUCAGGAGACGUGCUUCGCGUUCGCGCUGACACCACAGCAGGUUCAGCAGAUCAGCAGCUCAAUGGACAUAUCGGGGACCAAGUGUGACUUCACAGUUCAGGUUCAGUUAAGGUUUUGUUUAUCAGAAACCAGUUGUCCACAGGAAGAUCACUUUCCUCCUAACUUGUGCGUGAAAGUAAACGGAAAACCUUGCAACCUUCCAGGCUAUCUUCCACCAACCAAAAAUGGUGUUGAACCAAAGCGACCCAGCCGACCAAUCAAUAUUACCUCACUGGUUCGAUUGUCCACGACGGUGCCCAACACUAUUGUGGUUUCCUGGUCAGCGGAGAUUGGAAGGAACUAUUCCAUGGCUGUUUAUCUUGUGAAGCAGCUGUCUUCUGCACUGUUGCUUCAAAGACUAAGGGCAAAAGGAAUAAGGAAUCCGGACCAUUCCAGAGCAUUAAUCAAAGAGAAGUUAACGGCUGAUCCUGACAGUGAAAUAGCGACAACCAGUUUGCGGGUAUCCCUGUUGUGUCCUCUGGGGAAGAUGCGUCUGACAAUCGCUUGUCGGGCUAUCACCUGCUCACACCUGCAGUGUUUCGACGCGACUCUGUACAUUCAAAUGAACGAGAAGAAGCCCACGUGGGUGUGUCCGGUGUGCGACAAGAAGGCUCCGUAUGAAUAUCUAAUCAUUGACGGAUUGUUUAUGGAAAUCCUGAAUUGCUGCACAGAUUGUGAUGAAAUCCAGUUUAAGGAAGAUGGUGCCUGGUCUCCAAUGCGAUUGAAGAAAGAAAUUCAAGAAGUGAAUUCCACCUAUAAUGGAGUAGAUGGUGCGUGUAAAAGUUCUUUGACAGAACACAGACAGUCUCAUGACAACAGGAGGAUUGAGGUGAUCGAUCUCACGCUGGACAGUUCGUCCGACGAGGAGGAGGAAGAGCCGCCAGCCAAGAGGAGUUACCCUUCCAUCUCCUCCCCGUCACCGCCAAUCAAUAACAAGGGGGUGUUAAACCUGCACCAUCAGGCAUCGCCAGUCGCCAGAGCUCCAAGCAUGCCAGCGAUUGACACCAACUUUAUUUCCACGCCUUUUCAAGAUUACCGACAUUCGUACCACUUACCAACACUGCCGUACGAGCUGCAAGGCUUAGACCUAUUUCCCUUCCUACAAGGGGACAAUCAGCAUUACAACACGUCUCUGCUGGCCGCUGCGGCCGCCGCUGCCAGUGCAUCCGAGGACCAAGACCUCAUUCACUCGUCGCUCAACCGUUUCUUCCCGUACAGCUCGUCGCAGAUGUACCUGGAGCAGCCCAACUCCGCGCCCGUCAGCACGCUGGCCGUGACCAACGGCAACAGUAGUGGCAGCAAUAGUAGCCUGGUCUCCUCCAGCAGCUUACGGGAAAACCACGGACACGCUGCGGCAACCCGGAGCGCUGCCGAGACCGCGACCAUCUUUGGCGCUAUGCCCGACGUCAUCUCUUUGGACUAAAAGCUUCAGAAACAAUGGAUACGGAUGCUUUACGUGUUUGUUUUUGGGGGGAGGGAGGGGAAAGGGGGCAAGGAGGGGGAGAGGAGAAUCAGGAGAAGAGAAGGACGACCGUGUGGUUUGUUUCACCUUUUAAAAAAAAAAAAAAAAAAAAAAUUUUUAGAAAUGUAGAGACCCUU